AUAACCCACAUUUUCUUAAUCAUUUCAGUAUUAUACACUUACAGAAAUAAUAAUUUUUAUUUCAAUAAAAUAAAAUAAUACUUAUUUUUAACAUAAGAUAAUGUUUAUGAUAUGUUAGAGACAAAAGUUAUUGUGUUUACUCUUCUUCCGGAUGUAACGUUAUAACCAUGUAACUGUCAUUUCUUAUGUGUGAAGUUGUCAGUAUUUCCCAGUCAAUCAGUGUAGUUGUGUGCGUUGGUGUGUCAAGUGAAGAUUCUGGCUUGUCGCGUUGCGGUGCGUGUGCCUUCUUCAAAUUGACUUUCAUCGCUUCAGCUGUAGGCUGGGCGAUCGCCGGUAGUAGUGUCGGGGUUGUGCGGGUGCGGAGGCGGCAGUAGCGGCGCGGGUGGCGGGUGGCAGGUGGCGGCCAGUGGGCACACCGGCGACAAGACGGACAGCGCGCGGCAGCCGGGGCCCGCGCGCAGCGCCUCGGGGCGGACGCCCGUCCCCCCGCCGAGGCGACGCUGGGUCCCGCCCUCAUCACUGCGACACCACGAUGUGCCCGACGGAGAUGCCAAACACGACAUCAUAUUCCGGAAGGUUCGCGGUAUCCUCAACAAACUCACACCGGAAAAGUUCCAAAAGCUGAGCGAUGAUCUGCUCGGGCUGGAGCUCGACUCGGACAAGGUGCUCAAGGGCGUCAUCUUGCUCAUCUUCGAGAAAGCCCUAGACGAGCCGAAGUACUCGUCUAUGUACGCCCAGCUAUGCAAGCGGCUCAGCGAGGAAGCGCCAAACUUCGAGCCGCCGGGACAGCCCUGCACCUUCAAACUGCUCCUUCUCAACAAAUGCCGCACAGAAUUCGAAAAUCGGGCUCAGGCCUUCGCCGCGUUCGAGGACAAGACACUGAGCCCAGAUGAGGAGGAGAAGCGGCAUCUCGCCAAGUGCAAGAUGCUCGGCAACAUCAAAUUCAUCGGCGAGCUGGGCAAGCUCGAGAUCCUCGCGGAGUCGAUCCUGCACCGCUGCAUCCAGACGCUGCUGGCGCGGCGCGCGGCCGCCGAGCACCACGAGGACCUGGAGUGCCUCGCGCAGCUGGUGCGCACCUGCGGCCGCGUGCUGGACUCGGAGCGCGGCCGGGGGCUCAUGGACCAGUACUUCGCGCGCAUCGACACGCUGUCCGCCAGUCGCGAGCUGGCGCCGCGCAUCCGGUUCAUGCUGCGCGACACGGUGGAGCUGCGCCGCGGGGGCUGGGUGCCGCGCGCCGCCGUCUCCGCCGAGGGGCCCGUGCCCAUCCACCAGCUGCGCGGCGACGACGACCACCCGCGCCGCGACCACCGCGACCGCGACCGCGACCGCGACCGCGACCGGGACCGCGACCGCGACCGCGAGCCGCUCUUCCGCGGCGGCCUGCGCGCGCGCCCGCUCGACGACGUGCUCGCCGGCCUCGCGCUGCAGCCGCCCGCCGCGCUCGUGCCGCCCUCCGACAAGCUCUUCGGCAACGGGUUCGCGGCGCGCGACGCCUUCCGCCAGCGGUCCGCGCCCGGGUACUACCCUCGCGCUGGUGGUGGCGGGGGAGGGGGAGGGGGCGGGCAACACAAGCAGGGAGGGGGAGGAGGCGCCGGCAAGGACUCGCGCGGGCGGCGCGUGUACGCGGCCGGGGCGGCGGCGCUACAAGACGUGCAGAUGCGGCCGGCCGCCAACUCCCUCAUGUUCACCGCCAACAGGCUGUCCAAACCGGCGCCCGCGCACAACCCCGUCCAGCCCAACGUGCUGGCGCCGACGUUUGCGAGCGCGCCGCCGCUGCUCAAGGAGCCCGCCAUCACCAUCAAACCUGCCCCCGACAAGAAAGACAAACCCAAGAAGGAUAAGGGCGUGAACAAGGAAGAGGCGUGCCGCCUGGGCGUAGAGGCGGUGCAGGAGGUGGCGCGCGAGUGGACUGACGAAGAUCCGCCCGACCCCGACUACGUGCCCGCCUCCCCGGCCCUCGAGAGACUGCUGCAGCUGCAGGCGCCCGACAAGGUGUUGCGUCGCGUGGUGGCCAGCGUGGUGGAGGCGGCGCUGGCGGAGGGCGCCGACGAGAAGGUGUCGUGGGCGGGCGCCAUGGUCGUGCAGCGCGUGCGGCGCGCGCCCAGCGCCGCCCUGCUGGACGCGCUGCGGGCCGCGCCCCCGCGUGUGCCGCCCAGCCCGGGCCAUGUCGACGGCGCCGACGCUCACGCGGCGCUGCUGGCGCACGCGGCGCGGCUGCGCGUGCUGCCGCUGGCCGAGGCUGCGGCACACUGCGGCACCGACCGCGCCCUGCUGCUGCGCGUGCUGCAGCUGCUGCACAGGCACCUGGGCACCGCGCGCCUCGCCCGCAUGCUGGACGACACUCAGAUAAACCUGAGCGCGUACGCGACGGAACUGGGAGACGGCAGCGCCGAGGGAGCCCUCGCGGAGCUGGAGGCGCGCGGCCUCGACCCGCUGGUGCCGCAGCUGCGGGUGCAGGCGCAGCUGGCCCGGCAGCUGCAGCAGGACCCCGGGCCGCAUGUGCUGUACCGCUGGAUCAAGAACAACGUGGAGCCGGGCGUGCGCGCGAACGCGGCGUUCGUGUCGACGCUGGUGGCGCUCGUGGCCGGACACGUGACCGACGCCGCCGGAGCCGCCGGACCCGCGCCGGACAAGCCCGCGCUCGAGCGGGAGCGGGCGCUGCUCGAGACCUACGCGCCGCUGCUCACCGCGCUGCUGGCCGCGCGCCACGACCUGCAGCUGGCCGCGGUGUAUGCCGUGCAGGUGCACGCGCACCAGCACCGGUACCCGAAGGGCAUGCUGCUGCGCUGGUUCAUGUACCUCUACAACCUCGAGGUCUGCGAGGAGGACGCCUUCCUGCGCUGGAGGGAGGACGUCACCGACGCCUACCCCGGCAAGGGGGAGGCGCUGUUCCAGGUGAACACGUGGCUGACGUGGCUGCAGCAGCAGGAGUCCGAGGACGAGGAGGCCGACGAGUAGCCGGCGCCGGCUGCCUCGCUGCCUCGCCGCCUCGCCUCCUCACCGCGUCACCGCCUCGCCGCCUCGCCGCCUCGCUCCAUGGGCCGCGCCCGCCACCGCCCGAUCCCCGCUCGCACCGCUUUCGUUUCGUGCUCAUCUCAUAUAAAUAUAAUUAAGCCAAAUAGUUAAAAUACCUACCUUCGUUACCCUUUAACGCUGGACGCGCCGGCGCCCGCUCGCCCGUCGCCCGCUCGGCGCCUCCAGUGUUGAAUAGGUCAAUUUUAGGUUAUACUACGUAACGAAUAUUAGUAUCUCGAGAUAAUUUUUUGUAGGCCUUUUACUCGAUUUUGAUACUUUUUACAAAUGUAUACAAUGUAUAGUGUUCGUUCGGACGUAUGGUUGCACCCCGAUCAGCCCCCUUCCCGCAGUGUUUUAGUUGAAUUGUAAAAAUAUAUAUAUAUAUAUAUAUAUGUAUGAAGAACUUAAAUCAAUUUUUAUUAAUGAUAUCAUGAUCGUUUAUUUUCGAUGCUAAAUGGACUUAGUGAUAAACUGUAAGAUUGCUUAAAUUUCAUUGUAUUAUCAAAUUUUAGAAUUUUGUAACUAGAUAAAUGGAAAAUAAAAAGCGAAUGUUCUCCUCGGGCAUAACGAUAACAUAAUGUAUGUUGAGUGAGUUGUAAUAAAGUUGUGACGUGAUGCCGGGUAAAUGAGCAACAUUGGUCAAUAUGUAUUGUAUUCAGGAUGAGAAAUAAACUUCAGUGUAAUUUAUUAAAACGGACUAUUAUUUUCCUAGUAUCUAAUAUUGUAAUCUAAAUAAAUAAAAAAUGGAUGCGUGUAACUUAUGUACGCGCGUGAGAAGUUAUACUUCUUUAGCAUCAUUAAAAUAUUUUUUAAUUGCAUGCAAAUAAUUAAUAAUUACAAUAAAAUAAUAAGAGGACUGGAAAAGGAUAGUUAACACAGUCAAUUAAGUUCAGUUUUAAUUUGAAAAAUUAAAUAAAUAUUCAAAAUAUUCAAUUAAAAUCACUACUGAAUUUAAGUUAUUAGUCCAUAUGUAAUUAGCACUUGUAAGUAACUAAAACACGU